AUGGCAAAGGUUAACUCGUGGUUGUUGGUGAAUUUAGGUUGUGAGAUGCUGUAUAUCAUCGAUCAACGGCUGAUUGCUCAAAAUAUUGAGAAGGAGAAGUCAUCAAAAGUCAUGAGAGAUGUCACUAACGCAUUGUUGUCACCAACAUUUUUCACCUACAUAUCAACUACAUUUUCUGACGAAAUCAUGUCAUUGGCACAAGCUAGAAUCCUUUUAACUGAUAUUGCAUGCUGUUCACUGAUGCGACUUGACGUCCAUUCACUAGAUAAGCUUUUUGAUUUGAUGGUGAUGAUUUUUAAAUGGCAAAUGUUCUUGAUGAACAGCCCUGAUGAUUUGUUGUCGAUAACAUUGAGGCAUUUGCAGGGAAUCUCAAGGAUUAUGCCAGACAAAGCCAAAAUGAUACUUAUCGAUCAAGCAAAUCAAAACUUUUUCACAUCGUGGAGGGAAUACAAUGAAGAAUAUAAAUACUCUGUCGUGAGGAAAAUAAAUAGAUUUUUGGCACCGCACAACAUUCGUAUUUCCUUACUGAUUCGCAUGAAACUUCAAUUACGGGAUGGAUCGUUUGUUGAUAAAUCCAAUCCAAAUGAUUUUCUCAGUUAUUACGUCCAUAAUGUUGGUGAGAAUAUUUAUGAGAAGGUGAAUCACUUUCCACAGUGUCAAAAUGCCGGAAAUAAUGAUGAAAAGCAGGCAUCGCAGGAAAUUGAUUUUCUUUUUCAACAAUUUAAAGUUGACUUGUCUGAUGAAGUCAUUGAUGAUAAAAUGGAAUUAAAAACAGACAGCAAGGAUGAAAAGCAAGACGACACAAUACCGACUGAUCAGAAAAAGACUUUAGAUGAGUUAAAAAAGAAGUGCAAACUUGAUGUAACACCCCAGCACAAUGACUUACAAGCUGAUGAUAAUUUUCAGGAAUUAUUAAACAUGUUGGGCAACAACGGCUCAUAA